ACAAGUGAAGAGCUUCUUCCUCUCUCCGUCCACGCUCUCUCACCGUCCACGAGCUUCUUUCACCGCUGCCGCCGCCGCUCGCGUCGCACAAUAAUCUCAUCACUGACCUCAGCAACGGCCAUUCGCUGGUUAUCCUCAUCCACUGGUUUUCAUCCUUCAAGGAAGAUUUCUGCCUCUGGUGGUCGCGGAGGUAGUCACGUCGUCGUCGUUCUCACCGCUCGGGGCCCAUCCGCCUCCUUCAUGCACGGUGUCAUCUCCCUCCAACUUUGCGACGGCGCCGCUGGCUGUCGCGCAGCCAACCACAGCCUUUGUAAACAAGUAAGGUGGCUUUGGCGGUGGGCAAUUCAACCCCUCCGCUGCUACUCUGCCGCCCUGGAUGGAAACUUCCUCCUCAGCUCGGCCCGAGCCGUUUCCUCCAAAUGCGCCAAAUGUAGAUCCAGGUGUUCUUCUCUUGUGUGUUCUGGAAUGAGAGAUAAUUUUGAUUGCAGUUUUGGAAUUGAAUUUUGGAAUCCUGCUCGAACUGAAAUUGCUCUUGAUUAUACUGGUUGAAAUUCAAAAUUGAAAGCUAAUUCUUCUUCUUCAGCCAAAUCUGUUGCUUCUUCUUCGUUUUCUGCAUAAAUAGACAAAGACGAAUGCUGAAUUAUUGCUCGAUCUGCCAGCUCUGUUGAUUUUGUUUGUUGUUGAGGUUAAAAUGUAAAAUUAAAAUCUGAUGAGUCUCCUUCUUCUCCUUUGAUGUGAACUUCUUCUCUUUGCUGAAUUGUUGCUGAGUAGUGAAAAUUCUGCAUUUGAUUUGGCCUGAAUCUGAAAAAUUGAAGGCUCUUGGAGUCGUUAAUGAUCGUUGAUUUGGUUGUGGUUACUGUUCUAAGGUCGUAUAAUGAGACUGCAUUUUUGGUUACUCAAAAUUAUCCUGUCACCAUCUUCAAUUAAGCUCUGUCAUAUAAGCUCUGGCCCUGUUAUUGUUUCUAGACUAGUAUGAUUUUUCCUUGAAUUCAUGAAAUAGGUUUGGGAAGGAGAAGGAGUCAUAACUUAUGGCGGAAAACUAAUUGGAGCCACUCCGUAGAAAUCUGCACUUGGAGCUAUUGUUAAAUAUUGGCUCUUAUUUAGGUCACAGACCCAGAUAACUCAUCACAGAGCCUUUAUGAAACUUGGACUAGUUCUAGCACCUCUCCUUUGAUUGGAAGAUUAGGUGGUGGAGGAUCAGAUUAUAAACCUUUUGUGCAGCAUGUGAAAAUUCCAUCAAUUGAUAUAGCCUUUGGAGGAGAAAUUUGGAGAUCUUAUGUUUCAUAGGCAUGUUGCAGCUGCAAGUGUUUGGGGUCUAGUAGCAUUAUGGCUAGCAGACGAGGAGUUCUUACCUAUUGAUAAUCCUUUUGAUUAUCAAUCCUAUGCUAAGGAGCUCCCGCUUAAUGUGAAGAACUUGGAAGAUGAGAUUUCAAAUAAAGGCAUGAAUUUGUCUCCUAUAUUGAAGUCAAUCAAGGAGCUUGAGACAGCAGCAAUCAAGAUAAAUGACCAGAGAAAGGAAAUAGAAGCAAGUAAAGGUUGGAGAACAUGGAAAGAAUACCAAAUGAAAGUGAGAGAUGUGAAUGAUAGACUUAUGAUGGAUGAACGUGCAUUCACUGACAGAGAUGGCCUCUUAGGAAUGACAUGGCAUAAGCAUUUGGGUUCUAACUUCUUAGAAAGAUGAAAUUGAAGAAACCAAGCAUGCAAAGCAGAGAAGAAACAUCAAACAUGGCUACUACUGUUGGAAUCACAGAAUUUAUUGGAGCAGAGAUGAUUGAGAAGGCAAUUUCUUAGUAGAUGAAGCUAUUUUGUCCAAGCUAAAAUAAAUGAAGCUUUUCAAGGAAGGUUCCAAGCUAUUUUGUCCAAGCCGUUACUUGAAACUGAGAUUUAUUAUGUUCAAUCUUGCGAAGGAGAUUGCUUCCAAAGUUGUAAUGUUCCUUCCAAGAAAUGUAGAUCUCAAUCAAUUGGCAGAGUUAUCUCUAUCUGCCAGUCCACCAUGGUCACUAGAG